AUGAGAUUUCUCCGUUCCUUGAUACCCUCGGUGCUUGUGCUUGGUGCAGGAAUCGUCGAAGCAGCUUCAUCAUGGAGUUUCGACGAGGCAAUUAUCUCUGUUAAUGGGAAGGGAGCUGGGGUUGGAGCUGGAUUUAAAGACAAAUUAUCUGAUCAUGUCCCAUUAUCGAAACCAGUUGAGCUCGGUCAGGCAGAUACUCUCAAGAUCAUCUUGACAGCGACAGAAGCCGGCAAGCCCAAACGGCCACACCAAGCUUUCCUUCUCCUUCGGGAUCAAGAUACUGGAUUAGAGACUUCCUUUCCUCUCACUGUGAAGGAUAGUGGGAAGGGCAAAGUUGAUUUUACCCAAAAAGACCUUCCAGUCCAACUCCUCACAUCCUCACAACCCCUCCGAGCGACACUUCUCCUCGCCUCUUUCGGAACAUCCCAGGGUUUCAGUAACCAUGUAUUCAACUUGAACGUCAAGACCGAUCCUAAUGCCCCACAACCAAAAUACGAGAAGCCAUUGAGAUAUGGAAAAUUGGAGGAAAUCAACCACAUUUUCAAAGCGGAUCCUAAGAGCGGACCAGUCGUUAUUUCAGUAUUCUUUGUGCUUGCAGUUUUGGCUACUGUGCCAAUUCUGUUUGGAACUUGGGCGUAUCUCGGAGCCAAUCUCUCCCACCUCUCGAAAGCUACGGCCGCCGCUCCAAUCUCGCACGGGUUAUUCUUCAGCUCGAUCGUCUGCAUGGAAGGUAUUUUCUUCCUGUACUACUACAAGUGGAGUUUGUUCAAGACACUUCCAUUCGCUGGGGUUGUUGGGUUGGUGACUUUCCUGAGCGGAACUAAGGCACUUUCUGAGGUUCAGAGCCGCCGUCUUGCGGGUGAGCGAUAA